UUCAUACAGCCACCUCUCUGUUUCAUGUUGUAAUGCAGCUACACGUGAGCAGUUCUGUAAUAAAUCAGCUGCUGAUCAAUAAAUGAUGAUCUCAGUGAGUCAUAUCCGGGAGGAUGGACUGCAAAAACUCAAAUCUUAUGAAUCUUAUUUUAUAAAAAAAAAAAAAAACAUCCUAUUCCAAUUAUUAUGAGCCACAUUCACCUGACAAGUCCAGAUAAACAUCAUGUUUCAAAAUAUGAAAAGUAAAAAAACGCUUCUAAUAAGUAUCUGUCAAUGCAGUGUGAUUAGAUUUAUUUUUACUAACAUUUGGGACAAACUCUGAUGCUACGUUUAGUUUUUUUUUUGUUGCAGCGUACAACUGGAAUAGACGAAUUUGAGAAAGUGAGAUUUUAAAAGGAUAAAUAAAUUAAUAUAAAGUCUGUUUCUGGUAAGAGAGCGUUGCGUGAGCCACACAUACUGCAUAUCUUAAAAUAAAUGUUUCAUCACUUAUGGCCUGCAGCCUUUUUUCUGCAGGAUAAAAGCCAACAACAAUCCUGACUCACAUGCAUGUGCCUCCUCAAAUACAUCAGUGUACGACACUUAACGAGUUAACAAGCCAGCUAAGGUAAGAGCAGACACACUUUUCUGUUAAUACGUACCACCAUAUAAGAAGUAAUACGACGUAUUUAACCCACACAAAAAACUGGAGCGCUAGUUGGAUGUGCGGUUUGUACAAUAAUUCACUCAGCAGGCCGUGAUGUCUAAUACUUUGAAUGUCUCCAGAAAUCACAAACACACGGUGACAUGUGAAGUCAUUGACUGUACAUUACUACAUGCAUGGACAGCACGUCUCCGUCUACUUCUGGUGUACAAAAGUGAAGCCAAAAUACUCCCAUGACAGGUGCUCACAUAUAGCGCUUGUGAAGUUAUUUGGAGACAAGACAUGUGCAGAAGGAGACAUGUAACCUCUGGUGUUAAUAAAUGAAGCCAAUGCAGACGUGCAAAAAACUGCAGUUCCUCGAUUGUCCACCAGAGGCCGCCUCAAAAAAAGCCCAGAAGUCCCAUUAACAACCCCAUAUUAAAAUGCUACAGCAUGGUUAACAACAACAACAUGUUUUUGGUCUGUAUUGCUCAUUUCUUUACACACUGAAGGGAAGGUGAUAUUUCAUACAACGCCCGAUAUUGAUGAUAUUAAGGCUAAAAGUUACGCAUAAUUAGGGGCGUGGUUGAUUUGACUGACAGGUGUUUGCCAGGAGGCUAAAACCCCGCCUCAGCUCUGAGUCUUUACUCGUUGCCAGGUUGAUCAAAAGUACGUUUCAGACAGCAUUUCCAAUGUGGUAAUAACUUAUCUUUUAACGUCUCUGCUGAAACAAAUUGGUGACAUCAAUAAGACCUUGUGGGGCGAGGAAUGACUCACUUUUAGUAUAAGCCUCUAGUGGCAACUUUAGAAACUGCAGUUUUUUGGCACUUGGCAAAAGACACCGAAAUGUUGAAGAAUCUGUGACCUGCUAUCAAAAAAUGGUUUAUGAAAAUGUUCAAAUUUAGGAGAAAAUUUCAUGCUAAUAUUUGCAGGUUAAGCAGAGAAAUGGGGGAAGAAAAGGGGGAUAUUAAGCCCCCGAGCUUUGCCUCAGGCCUUGAAAACCCCAGAGUCAACCCCCCCAUCUAUCAUGUUUUUUUUUUUCUAUCCUUCAUCUUUAAGCCCUCCCCCUUCACACCGGGGAUUCUCUCUCCUCUCCAUCGUUUCUCCUUUUUCUCCACUUUCACUUUUUCUGUCUGUCCUCCAUCCUUCUGAUUUUUGACUUUUUGGCUUUUCAUCGCUCUCCUUCCACCCGGUCACCACCUCUUUCUCCCCCUCCCUCCAUCCUGCCGGUGGCGUCCACACACCGACCGGAGUGCAGACUCUCCUGUUGUCAGUCACAUUCCCAGCUAACAGACGGCGGCAGCAGCAGCAGGAGGAGCGGAGUCGGUAAUCCCCCCCCCCCCCCCCCCCCCCCACCCACCCUCCACCCUCUCAGUCCACCCCACCCCUUUACAAUAGAAAAAGCAGGCAGCAGGAAGGGAACAAAAACCUCACGGGACACCUGUGAUGCUGGAUACCCCCUCUUUUGGGGGUUUAUUGAAGCUGGAUUUGAGCUCUAACUCACACCUGAAUAGUGGAUGAUGAAGAUGAGGAGCGGUGGUGUUUAAGAGGGGGGAUGUAAACGCUGAAACAAGCGAGAAAAUCCACCUCUUUUCACGGUGACGGAGCGGUGCACGGCGGCGCCACCAGCAGCAGCAGCAGCAUCAGUCGGUCGGCGGAUGGAGAUGAAGGCGGAGGGAUGCUGGUGAUGUUAUAGGCAGGUUGCUGCAGGCUCGUGCCGCAUUGCCUGGCCGCCCGCGAGCGACACCGGGGAGACGGGUGAUGCUGUCGUCGUCAUCGGUGCCACAGAGAGACACAGGAGAGGAGAGGCUCUGACAUGGAGGGAGCGAGCGGCUGUUUGAGCUCAGGCCGCCCGGAUCAGCAGGUUGGAUGUGCCGCCUGAAGUCUGGAGGAGCCGAGGCAUGACAGACGCGGUGGUGAAAUCACAAUGAAGUUGAUAUCUUUGCUUUUGUUCUGUGCGUAAAAAGUGAUCCGUGCACGUAUGAUGAUUGUGCAACACAGGAGCAUCACAGCAUCAGCAGCAGCGUCUGUGCCAGUUCAGGGUGGAUUACAGAGCAGCAGGCCUCCAUCUGAAGCCAGCUUCUGAUCAGGAGAGAAAAGAAAACCAGAGAAUAUUCUUCACCCUGUUGCUGGAGGUAACAAUUGAUCGUGCUGUUUCUCUGGCGUGGCCCCCCGUGGAGGGACAGCUGUUGCAAAAGAUGACUCACCUGCAGGCUGGCCUCUCUCCAGAGACUCUGGAGAAGGCCAAGGUGGAGCUGAAAGAGAACCCGGAGACUUUGCACCAGGACAUCCAGGAGGUGCGAGACAUGAUCAUCACCCGGCCGGACAUCGGGUUCCUCAGGACGGACGACGCCUUCAUCCUCAGAUUCCUCCGGGCGAGGAAGUUCAACCACUUCGAGGCGUUCAGGCUGCUGGCUCAGUACUUCGAGUACCGACAGCAGAACCUCGACAUGUUCAAGAACCUGAAGCCGACCGACCCGGGGAUCAAGCAGGCCCUGAAGGACGGGUUCCCAGGCGUGCUCUCCAAUCUGGACCGAUACGGCAGGAAGAUACUGGUGCUGUUCGCAGCCAACUGGGACCAAAGCAGAUACACCUUUGUGGACAUACUGCGGGCGAUCCUGCUGUCGCUGGAGUCCAUGAUAGAAGACCCCGAGCUGCAGGUCAACGGCUUCAUCCUCAUCAUCGACUGGAGCAACUUCACCUUCAAGCAGGCGUCCAAACUGACUCCCAGCAUGCUGCGGCUGGCCAUCGAGGGGCUGCAGGACAGUUUUCCUGCCAGAUUUGGAGGGAUCCACUUUGUGAACCAGCCCUGGUACAUCCACGCUUUGUACACCGUCAUAAGACCCUUCCUCAAAGACAAGACCAGGAAGAGGAUCUUCAUGCACGGUAACAACCUGAACAGCCUCCACCAGCUCAUCCAUCCUGAGAUCUUACCCUCGGAGCUGGGCGGGAUGAUGCCGCCGUACGAUAUGGGCACGUGGGCGCGGACGCUGCUGGACCACGCCUACGAUGAGGAGACGGACUACUGUCCCGAGUCCUACACCCUGUCGGUUCAAGACCUGGAGAGAGACCUGGAGAAGAACCUGUCCCCGAAGACCAUGAAGAGGUCUCAGUCUGUGGUGGAACCAGGCGUCCUGAAACGACCGGACAAAGUGAAGAGUGAAGAAGACAACAUGCAACCGCUGCUCUCGCUGGACUAAAACCACACACUCGGCAACAGCUUACCGGAGUCAAUAUUUAACACACAAACACCUGACUUUACCUGUGCACAUGCUGUUAGAAAAAGGAACGAGCAUUCGGACACAUUCCUGCAGAAAAUGCUGCUGCUUGUGUCUCUUGAACUCCAGGGAAUGGACAUUUCGCUGAUGCAGAAAAACAGGAGGAGAUGAGAAGAUGCUUCGCCACACACAAACAGCGGCAAACAAAAGAGCUACUGAUGGUGUUCUAUAUAUUUAUUUAUCUAGUUAUUUGUCAAGUGCCAAUUCCAGAAACUGAAAAUGAUCGUAUUUAAAACAAUCCAGCCCCCUCGAGAAAGGAGAACGAGGAAGGAGUUGUGAAGGUGCAGCAAGUGCAAACAGUGUUUCCUGAAGCUGUACAGUAAAUUAAAAUAACUGGAAGUCUAACUUCAAAGAGAGUUCGGGGGCUUCGUUCCCGAGCUGCACUUCCUUUAUUUUCCUCGCUCUUUGUACAGUUAUUUAAAGAAAACACCGCAUACGGAGGAGAAGCACGGCUCAGGAUCAGCAGAAAAGACGACGACGACGACAGCGAAGAGCUUUUUUCAGGCUUCUGGGGACUAAACAGACAAACAGGCAGGCACUGGUUUUACUGGGAGAGAACUUGUUGAAGGGGUCUUUUGUUUGAAACAUCACUCGACUUAUCGCUCGGAAAAGCAUAACCCCUUUACAGAGUUGAAUCUGGUAUUAGAUGUGUUUUUUCUUUCAGAAUUUCUAUAUUUUUCAGGCCCAUUCAUCAGAAAAAUCUGUGUUUCUCCCUCCAGUCGAAAUAUCUGUGAAGCUUUGACUCGCACCUUCAAGUUUUUGGUUUGGCUGAAGAUACAUGUUGAGAAUCUAAUCGCUACAGAGUGUCCCCCAGUCCCAUACAAACGGGUACAUUUGAUUUUUGUGACAUAUUUGUUAUACUUUAGGCAAUAAUAUAUUACUUCUGAAACAUUACCACAGAUCUUACUUCUGUUUUAAGACACAACUAGUAUUAUAACUUUGAAAAACCUGCACAUAUUUUUUGCAUGUUUUUGGCGAUUUGCUGAAGAAACAUUCCCUCAUUUGCAUCUUUUCAGAGCAUAAUUGGUGUUUUAUAAUGUACAUAGGUAUCGAUCAGUAUUGGUAUUAGUUUAUAAUCUUUACUCACUUGUUAGCUUUUAACCACGUCACACUUUCAACUGUUUCUUAGCAGACUUGAUUAAAUAAUUUAAGCAUUCAUGUGCUAACAUGCAAGAGAAUUACUUCUGUCAGACUGCUGUGAGAUUAACUGUAUAUAAAGAUGGACAACACGUCUACUUUUCCUAUGGUUGUACAAAAGUGAAGCCAAAAAAACCUCAAAGCAAGCACAGAGAUAUUUGGCCAGAGUCUGUGCAGUAUGGAUCAGCUGCUAGUA